AUAACCCACCGUGAAAGUAUUGAUCAAAUAAGUGGCCAGAUCUUGAGCAGCGCCUGGUAGUGACACGGAAAGUCGCACACAGUCGACGAUGGAGUUAGCUGACCUUCCGCACGAACUAUUGGAGAAAAUCUUCACCUUCCUUCCGGUGACUGAGCUGGCGACGGUUUCGCUUGUCUGCAGCACCUGGUGUGAUGUAAUACGGACCUUUAUUCUACCCAAGCAUGCCGUGUUGCACGUUCGUCCUGUACAUCCCGUUUCUCAUCAGCUGAUUGCCAUGGAGACGGUGCUUACGGAGCAGUGCGGCAAACCCUUUCCCUGGACGAACGUGAAAAUAACCAUCCCGAACGAGGAGCUUCCACAGCGGCCGGAGUUUGGGCAGUUUUUCCAACGUCAAGGACAUGCCCUCAAGUCUCUUACUCUGCAAUGCAUCCAGCUAACAGCGGACAUACUGGAGGUGUUCCCCAAGUUGUACAACCUUGAGCGGCUUUCGAUCAUCAGUGAGUCAGAAUCUCUGUAUGGUACAGUUCCUGCAAACGUGGAAGUGGCACUAACCUCACUGAAGACCCUGAAGCAUCUCAGGCUGCAUCUUCCCUCGUAUACCAUCCUCCGGAGCGUUAGCUUCCUGAACGGUGCCGGGCUCGUUUCGCUUUCACUCGAACGGUUCGAGACGGAGCUGCAUCAUCUGAAACCGCUGCUGAACGCUCACCAUCGAACGUUGCGCGAGUUAACCGUGCGUGUGGAGGAAAUGAAGCCUCUACUCGCGCUGUUGAACUCCUACGACGAACUCAAGCUGUACCGGCUCAAUCUGAAAAGUGCCGGCAAUGAGGAUGAUUUUUCCGACGGCUUGCUGGCGUUAUACGAGCGACAACCGCAGCUGCGUUCACUUACGAUCGGAUCGGAAUUAUCGCUACGGGCGGUGGAUGCAUUGCCGAAGAAAUUGCUCCAUCUGCAGGAACUGGAAAUCAUUGCCGAAAGCAUCAACAACUGCAAGGCACUGAGUGAGCUGCGACACCUGCGACGACUUACGAUGUGUCUGUACGAUGUCCGUGCCUGGGAUGAAACGGUGCAGAUUGGUGGUGUGACGGAACUGUCGCUGGCGGUAACAUUCCCACUCAUCUCACCGGCCAUAUUCUGUUCCUUCCCCAACCUGCACCGGUUGUACCUUGAGGAUGUAGACGACGAUACGCUGAUGCGUGACAUCGUAGUCGUGCGUACGCUGAUGGAGUGUAUGCGCAAUGUGCGUGUGCUGGAUCUGGAGAACUUUGUCUUCAAGGAGCGGGAAAUACUGAACGACGGUGUGGUGCGCUUGGAAGAGAUGGAAAAUCUAGAAUGUUUGAAGUACAGCUGCCGGGAUAUGUCGGAUGCGUCGCUACUUACCAUGAAUCUGCCGCACCUGCGGGAACUUUAUCUGACGCACUGUCCCAACGUGUCGUUCAAGGGAAUAUCCUUUCUCGUGGCCAGCUGCCCACUCGUCGAGCGAUUGCAUCUCGAGUCGAAUAAACGCGGGCUCGAGGAUGAUGCGCUGGAGAUGAUAGCACGAAAGCUCACCCAUCUAAGGAGGCUGGUUUUGGUAAACUUGCGUGCGCUCACGAAUGAUUCCUUGGAUGCGAUCGUGAACAACUGUUUCUAUCUUGCGGAGUUAACCAUAACACACUGCGUUGGAAUUACACUGGAAAAGGCGGACGCCAUCGAAAAGCUAUCGGUGGUGAAAUCUUUGAAAAAUUUAGUUUACAGCUAA